CCGUACCCCGUUUCGGCAGAAAGAGCUCAGCUGAGAACCGAUCACCGGUACUGCACAGAAAGUGAUAAUUUUCCCUCUUGUAAGCCUAUGGUUUUCAGGUCGUUUAGUAACGGUAAUUUUACGAAAACGCUAGGACUCUCAUUGACCAAUGUGAAAAUGGCACCCAUCAUUCUCGGCUUUACUGUGGUGUUUUUGGGUUGCCUCGUACAAAGUGGUGAAGCAAAAGCUGUUGUGGAUGUGAUCCACUCACUUACUCAUCAGUUCGCCCCCGUCAGUGCUGUGCAUUGGCCUGCCAUUUUGGGCGACGAUCGAUCGGACCGAAUAGGAAACAUUGACGGCCGCUUGGAGCGCUCUCUUUUUGGUAGCAGCAGCAGCAGCAGUGCAAGCAGCGGGGUUUGUUCCGACCAGAGUGAAAUCAGCGAGAAUACCAUUAUCCGCACUAAAGAUUCAAGAGCUCUUGGUGCUCGAUUUCUGAAUGAAACUAGCUUGGGUGCCGAUGCCAGAGACCGGUGUCUUAAUCUCUGCUGUUCCUUUCAUGGCUGCAACGUGGCCGUCUACGAAGAAAAGGACGGAGGGAACUGCUAUCUUUUCGACUGCGGACCGGCUGAGGAUUUCCGAUGCAAGUUCACUUCCCACAGUCAUUAUACUAGCGGCGUGAUCCGCCGGCGUGAGAACGCUCACGAGGAAGAGCUUACUCAACUCAAAAAGAUCUCAAUAGCUGAUGUCACAACAAUCAAGCCUAUUGUCACCAUUGUAGUUACUAAUCCCCCUACAACUACAGUCCCACCAACAGCUAAGCCAGUGCGAACGUGUAGUCGAUACCAAUUCGAGUGCCACACAACGGGAGAGUGCAUCGCCAUCUACAAUGCCUGCGACGGUAUUAUUCAGUGCUCGGACGGAAGUGACGAAGCCCCAGAACUUGGCUGUCCGGCCACAACAACGGAGACCUCAACUGCCAGGACGUUAGUAACGAAGCAGCCCGUUAUCGACGCCAAAAUUCCUCCGGUCGAUAUACAGCAGAAUUCAGUUAUUGCCCAACAUCCGCCUUUAGAUUGGAGAGGUAGUCGAGGUCGCGAUCGAUACACCGACCGAGAUCAAGUUGCAUCAGUCGACUUGCCCCCUAAUACGGAUGUCAAUCACUGGAGAGCAGGACCUGAUAAUACGAGAAACUUCGAGCGAUCGCGCAGCCCAUAUCAAACGGGUACUAAUGGAGAAGCAUUGCCAUAUGCAGUUGAACCGGAUCGACCUGUCAAUCCCUACUACAGUCCUGACAUUCGUCAUUACGGAUCGACGUGGACGGAACGGCAAGAGCGUCCGAUAAAUAAUGUGAACGAUUAUCGUGCAGCUGAUAAUACAUACUACUAUGACAAGGAUACCCGAUCUCAAUACGAUGCCAGCGGUAACGUCUAUCCAAGUGUUCGCAAGCACGAUUGGGGACGGAACAACGCCGUCAUUGUAGAUAGCAGCCCGCCCCAGCAUGCCUUGUUAGCCCUACCAGUCGAAACUCGUCCUAGUCAAAUUCAACCGGUACCUCCUAUUCUGUUGGAAAACCCUCACCCAUUAGUAAACGUUGCUGGUCCUGUUGCGGAAAAAGUUCCUGCAGUUCCAGAACAGAAAGUAGUAAAACUGUCAGAACUCACGACUGUAGCACCGACGGUUGUAGUACCAACCACAACCACUAUUACUCAGCCGAAAAGCACGAUUUCAGCCAAGAUCAAAUCCCCCUCUUUGAUCACUAAACCGGAAAUCGUCGCUAAUCACGCUCACAUUCAUCAUUUCAUUGUAAGCCAAGCUGACUUCCAAGAAGAGAAGGCAGAACGAUCUCGCCAAACGGUCGGCGCAGCUUGGGCACUGACCUUAGGUUUGUCAGUAACAGCAGUACUAGUUCUUCUCGUUGGCUGCCGCCUCAGAUCACUAAAGCGUCACUUACGCCGCGGGCGCGGUGGACACACGCGUGACGCUGACUAUCUAGUCAAUGGCAUGUACUUGUAAUGAAGAAAAGUGAUGUAGGAAAGAUUUCGUGUUUCGUAAGAUAACAAUCCCCCAUCCAUUUUAGUCUUAAAAAGUUUUGUUGCUGUCUUGCAAAUAAUAUUGAGGACUUUCAAUACACCUAAAUAUGUUAAAUUAGAA